AGCCGAGAUGCCCCGACCCAACAAGAUAGGGGGGAGCCAAAUGGCGCUGCUCUCACCGCCCUCCCCGCCUCCUCCGCUCGCGCCACCUCGCCGCCGCUUCGCCUCCCCCGCACUCCUCGCCGUCUCUAAGAGACCUAGCUUUCUCCUCUCUCUGCCCCACUGCCACUGCGGCCUCCUCCCUUCGACAGCCAACGAACGGGCGUCCUGCCGGCGGCGCUGCCGCCACGUAGCUGCCUCGCUCGGCCAGGACGAACCUGGAGUUUCAGACACAGCUGUGGCUCCUGACGGUGAAGGGGAUUCUGAACCGCCGGUUUCCUCCGAUGGAGACGCAGACGACGACGUCGCGGCUUCCGUCGAGCAGGCCGAGGCGAGCCCCGAGGACUUGGAGAAUAUCCUCCAGGUCAAAAGGGUGCUUGAGCUUCUUCAGAAGAACAGGGAUAUGACCUUUGGCGAGGUUAAGCUAACUAUCAUGAUUGAGGACCCUAGAGAUGUAGAAAGGAAGAGAUUACUCGGCAUAGAGGAUCCUGAUGAAAUCACCAGGGAUGAUUUGGCUGAUGCUUUGGUUGAGGUUAAUGAAGGGCGGAUUCCAGAGAACCGUGUUGCUCUUCAGUUGCUUGCUAAGGAAAUGACUGAAUGGCCGGAUCUUGAGAUUGAGGCUCCGAAAAAGAAGAGCAAGCCUGGGAAAUCUGUCUAUGCAAAGGCUACAGAUACAGGCAUUGAUCCUGAGGCAGCUGCUAAAAGGCUUAACAUUGACUGGGAUUCUGCGGCUGAUUUGGACGACGAAGAGGAGGGAGAUGAUGAAGCUGAAGUGCCUUCAGCGGUGGGAUAUUCUGCUCUAUAUCUAUUGACUGCCUUUCCUGUCAUUAUUGGGAUCUCAGUUGUACUGAUUCUUUUCUACAAUUCUCUACAGUAGUGCAACCCUGCUCAUCUUUGCUUCCUGAGGCCAUUUCCUUUUGUAAAUUCGAGGCAGACAUUGUUGUGAGUAACUGAAGAUGUAAAAUAGUUUAUGUGGUGAUAUGACAAGAUUGUAAAGCUAUGAAAUUGCAUAUUACCAACAGAGAAACCUUGAAAAUUGGAUUUUUCGCUGA